AUGCUCUACACGCGGGCCCUCGUGGUGCUGUCGAGACGACCGCUGGUGGCGUACGGUCUGCCUGCCGGCAACGCCAGCGUGCGCUUCUGCGCCUCCUCCGCGCUGCCGCCCUCCUCGUCACAAUCUGAUAAGCCGGCGGAAGCAGCGAAGGCAUCUUCUGAGGGAACGCAGCUUUCACCUGCAGCGAAGCAGAGCGGGGUGGACACUGUAGCUGCAAACACGGUGGUAGCCGCCGGCACCCCAAACAGACAAGGAGCCUCUUCGCCAUCCUCUGAGAAGGGGGGAGUCUCAACGCCUGUGCCGGUUUCGGUGUGCCCGUCAAGUACUGGUGCGGAGGCUAGCGUCAAGGAGCCGACGCCGCAGCUCCAAGGGGGGAGGACUUCGCCACCGAAGCGGCCGGCGCCACCAGUACACGAGGCGAAUGUAAAUGAUGUUUUUGCCAAGGAUCGCGUCGUGCCGCGCGGUUUUGAGGCAUUUUAUGCGAAGAAUCUUGUGUCGAAGAUGCUGCCGCAGCGCACUCCAACUGAUUCGGUACAGCGCGCCUACACAUUGUCGCCGCAGGAGCGUGCUCUGAUUGCGCAAAUAGCAGCACGGGCGCGGUUGCAGCGGACGUGGCGCCACCUUGGCGUCCUCUCGAUGUUGCUCUCUGCGCUUAUUGGCUACCGGUGGUACACGGCCCAGGCGCGGCUUGACGCUGACGUGUCGAACUACAGCGCGGUUGUCGUGGACGUGCCCAGUCACACCGCCGUCUACGUGGACGAAAACGGCAGGUUCAUUGGCGUGCGCAACUUCAUCGACUUUACGACGUUCGAGAAGACAUGUGACCCGGAAAAGGAUGUGCUGAUUCAGUUCAGCACCUACUACCCAUGGAUCCCGAUGCUGCUGCUGUGUCUGCUGCCGGUGCUGGCUGUUGUGAACGCUGGCUUCAACGGGUCGGCCCGCAUGAUCACGAUGGCGGCGCAGGCGGAGAAGAGCCGGUUUACGUUCAAGCGAGAAAUGUCGGUAAGCACGCGGCUGAAGGACGUGGCGGGGCUGACGGAGGCAAAGCACGAGGUGGUGGAAGUGAUAGACUUCCUCAAGCAGCCGGAGCGGUAUCAGGCGCUUGGUGCGAAGCUGCCGAAGGGUGUGCUGCUCGACGGCCCACCUGGUGUCGGCAAGACGCUGCUGGCCAAGGCGGUAGCUGGCGAGGCCAUGGUGCCAUUUGUCAGCUGCUCGGGCAGCGAGUUUGAGGAAGUGUACGUCGGUGUCGGCGCUCAGCGGGUGCGCGAGCUGUUUCGCGAGGCGCACAACUGCAAGCCAUGUGUCGUGUUUAUUGACGAAAUUGACGCCUUUGGCCGCAAGCGCCGAUCGGACGGCAAUGGAAGCUCGCGGGGCACGUUGAACGCCUUCCUCGCGGCGCUGGACGGAUUCAAGGAUGCGUCUGGCAUCAUGGUGCUGGCGGCCACGAACCGUGCCGAUAUUCUGGACAACGCUCUGACGCGCUCCGGUCGCUUCGAUCGCAAGAUCUCGCUCGAGAAACCGUCCUACAAGGACCGUGUGGCGAUCGCGCUAGUGCAUCUGCAGCCGCUUCACCUUGACCCGUCGUCCUCGCUGCAAAACUACGCCGAGACGGUGGCGGCGCUGACGCCCGGCUGCAGCGGUGCUGACAUCUUCAACGUGUGCAACGAGGCAGCGAUCCAGGCGGCGCGUGAGGACAAGGAGUAUGUCGGGGCACCGCACUUCCACUUGGCUGUGGAGCGGGUGCUUGUCGGUCUUGAAAAGAGCGCUGUCAAGUACACGCCGCACGAGAAGGAGCGACUGGCGUACCACGAGGCAGGGAUUGUGGUGCUGAAUUGGUUCCAGAGCGACACGGAUCCGGUCAUCAAGACCACCAUCCUGCCGCGCGGCCGCCACCGCACGGGCGUGACGCAGAAGCUGCCGCAGAACACUUACAUCUCGACGCAGGAGAGACUGCUGCAGCGCAUUGUGGGCCAACUGGGCGGCUACGUAUCUGAGGAGCACUUCUUCAGCGACGUCUCGACGAGUGCGGCAGGAGAUUUGCAGAUGGCGACGAACAUGGCACGUGACAUGGUGUGCUUGUAUGGCAUGGACCCGGUGCAUAUUGGGCACAUGGGGUUCGAGCUUGACCGCGACGACACGCUGCAGAAGCCGUUUGGCCCAGAGAAGGAGAACGCUGUCGACAUUGCCGUGGAGACGAUUGUGCAAUCGUGCCUGAGUCGGGCGCGAGCUCUGAUGCAGGAGCACUUGUAUCACACCCGGGUCAUUGCAGGGCAGCUGCUGAAGCAAGAGACGCUAAAUGCACAUGAGCUCUGGCUCGCCCUUGGCGACCGCCCUGUUAUGACGAAGGAGUUCCAGACCUACUUAGAAAGCUAA